GGUGAUGUCAGUACACUCAGUAGUCGUUGUACUGAUGUAUCUAGUAACUAAUUAAUGUGUAAGCUACUUCAUGGAGAAAAUAAUACAGAGUUCUUAGCUUUUAAUAUCUUUUUAAUACAUUUAAGAAUUGUGCAAAAUUAAGCAUAAUUGAUUAAACAAUAGAGUUGCAAAUCUAUUACAAAAUUCUUUCAUAUUACGUAAUUUAGGGAUACUUUAACCUAUCAAAGAUAACACUACAUACAAUAAUAUUUAUAAACAGAUAUGAUUUCUUACAACUUUUUGGCAAACGAAGAUGAAAAUCCAGUUACUGGAUGGAUGAAAAAAAUGAAAGUACCUUUAUUUGCUGGCGUAGGUUUGGGUGUUUGGAUACAGGCUUUCAAGCACCCAUUAGGACUUGAAACGCCCAGUACAUUUUAUACAAUAGCACGUGCUACAAUUCCAGUGUGUGGUUUUGGUUUUUUUUAUCUUAGUGGUACUUAUUUUGCAAGUAAAAUAAGAAAUGAAGAUUCACCUGGUAAUUAUGCAAUAGGAGCAUUAUGUACUACUCCAGUGGUACGGAUGUUUUUGCCUUUGGUUCCUUGUUGUCACUUUGUUGGUGCUCUGACUCUUCUUUCAUGGGCAUUGGCAUAUGAAUUUAGUACCGAGUGGCAUCCAUUUCCAACCGAUGGACAAGGUUUUGAUAUGUAUUCAUGGUCAAAACAAAAGCCACCAUCAGAACCUUAUAUUAAACGUAAAUCAAACAGUUGGUUUACAUUGGUUCCCAGUGAAUAAAGACUAUACAUAUAGUAGAUACUAUGUAGUAUCUGCUAUAUAUUGUAGCAUUAAUAAUACAAAUGUAUAUAAUUAUGUUUAUUGUACAUUUAUUUAUAUAGAAUUCUAAUAAAUAUAAAAAUCUUAUAAAUUAAA